AUGAAGAUGCUGCUGAGCCUGAUUGCUCUUCUGCUUUCUGCUGCCCUGAUAGCCAGGGCAGCUCCUCCAACUUGCUACUCGAGGGUGUUGUCUUUGAGCAAAGAAAUAACAGAGUCCUUUAGGGAACUACAGACCUCCAAAGCUGUGGACUCAUGUGUGAAGACAAUGCCCAGGCUGUACUUGGAUAUACAUAAUUACUGUGUGCUGGCAAAGCUCCGAGAUUUUGUGGCCUACCCUAGUUGUGACAGAGUGCUUGAAGUGCAAGAGCUGAAGGAAAAAGCUCGGAGCCUGUACACCAUCCUGAUCUCCUACUGCAGAAGGGACUUGGUGUACCUCACUGAUGAUUGUAAUGCUCUGGAAAUUCCUAUUCUGCCUCCUACUGAACCUUCCAUCACUGAGAGCUAA